CUUUAUUCCUGUAGUGGAAAUGUCAUCCUGUGCUCAUGUGUCAGGGUGUGGGGCAGCACUACCUGCAGCAGAUGGAGCUUGUGCGGUUGACUCCUCCUCCUCCUCUGCCUCCGCUGCCGCCCCCCGAUGAAGCGGAGCAGCCGCCGAAGCCGCCGUUUGCAGACGAGGAGGAGGAAGAGGAGAUGCUGCUGAGAGAAGAGCUGCUCAAGUCCUUGGCCAGCAAACGAGCUGUUAAAACGGAGGACGCGUCCAGCAGCAGCGGGCCGCCCUCUCCCGCUCUCAGACCCGCGGCUCUGCCGAACACCAGGAACAACCUCACGGCCGUCAGUCUCAACACUGUCAUCUCUCACGCUCGGGCACUCAAGUUCAUACGGGCACAGCCUGCCCCCAAAGCCCCGUUUGUGCUGCCACGACACAAGAGUGUGGUGGUGCGUCUGAACGCGUCUGACGACAGCGACUCUGACGACGAGAGCUGCGGCCCCGUUCAGAGUGUGUUUGGAGGACUGGAGUCCAUGAUUAAAGAAGCUCGGAGGACAGUAGAG